AUGAAUUGCCUGGCACUUUCUUUGGGCUUCGGCUUCUUGUUUCCCACCCCUAAAACGUGGCUCUUUACUUAUUUUGCUUCCAUAUCGUGGGCUGACUCGCAGGGCCUUUUCCCAAGGCUGGAGAACGUGGCAGCUUUCAAGAAGGUUUCGGUGGUGCCAACCCAAGCGACGUGUGGACUCCCAGCCCGAAGCACCUUCUGUCAGAGCUCUGCCGCAGCUGAAGGCCUUCGGGUCUGUCCCCAGCGGUUCUGCAUUCAGGAUUGUCCUUACCGAUCGUCGCCCCCCACCUACACUGACCUCUUCUCAGCGGGCCUCAGCGGCUGCAUCACCGUAGACCGGCGUGAUCUGAGUCCCGAUGCCCACGGCCCUUCUGCAAGUUUCAUUUUUGGAAAUCACCAGAGUUGCUUUGCCUCUCCUCCUGCUGCCAGGUUGGCGGCAUCAUUUACUCUAGCUGUGUGGUUGAAACCCGAGCAAGAAGGUGUAAUGUGUGUUAUAGAGAAGACAGCGGAUGGGCAGAUUGUGUUCAAACUUACAAUAUCUGAGAAAGAGACCAUGUUUUAUUACCGCACAGUAAAUGGUUUGCAGCCUCCAAUGAAAGUAAUGACACUGGGGAGAAUUCUUGUGAAGAAAUGGAUUCAUCUUAGUGUGCAGGUACAUCAAACAAAAAUCAGUUUCUUCGUCAAUGGUUUGGAAGAGGAUAAUACAGCUUUUGAUUCAAGAACUCUAAGUGGUUCAAUUACAGAUUUUGCCUCUGGUACUAUGCAAAUAGGACAGAGCUUAAAUGGUUUAGAGCAAUUUGUUGGAAGAAUGCAAGAUUUUCGAUUAUACCAAGUGGCACUUACAAACAGAGAGAUUCAGGAAGUUUUCUCUGGAGAUCUGCCCAGAUUGCAUACCCAGUCACAUUGCCGUUGCCCUGGCAGCCACCCUCGGGUUCCUCGUUUGGAACAGCGAUACUGUGUUCCUAAUGAUGCAGAAGACACAACCAAUAAUAGGGUGUUACGGCUGAAUCCUGAAGCCCAUCCUCUUUCUUUUGUCAAUGAUAACAAUAUUGGUACUUCGUGGCUUUCCCGUGUGUUUACAAACAUGACCCAGCUUAAUCAAGGAGUGACUAUUUCAAUAGAUUUGGAAAAUGGACAGUAUCAGGUGUUUUACAUCAUCAUUCAGUUCUCUAGUCCACAACCAACAGCAAUAAGGAUUCAAAGGAAGAAAGACAACAGCCUAGACUGGGAGGAUUGGCAGUAUUUUGCUAGAAAUUGCAGCACUUUCGGAAUGGAAAACAAUGGAGAAUUGGAAAAUUCGGAUUCUGUCAACUGUCUUCAGCUUCCCAAUUUUACUCCAUAUUCCCGUGGUAAUGUCACCUUUAGCAUCCUAACACCUGGACCAAAUCAUCGUCCUGGAUACAAUAAUUUCUAUAAUACCCCAGCUCUUCAAGAGUUUGUAAAGGCCACACAAGUACGACUUCAUUUCCAUGGACAGUACCAUACAACUGAGACCUCUGUCAGCCCCAGACACAGAUACUACGGGGUCAAUGAAAUCACCAUCACUGGAAGGUGUCAGUGCCGUGGUCAUGCUGAUAACUGUGACACGAAAAGCCAGCCCUAUAGAUGCCUCUGCUCUCGGGAAAGUUUCACUGAAGGACUUCAUUGUGAUCACUGCCUGCCUCUUUAUAAUGACAAGCCUUUUCGCCAAAGUGAUCAAGUUCAUGCCUUCAAUUGUAAACCCUGUGAAUGCAACAGCCAUUCCAGAAGCUGCCACUACAACAUCUCAGUGGAUCCCUUUCCAUUUGAACACCACAGAGGAGGUGGAGGAGUUUGUGAUGACUGUGAGCAUAACACUACAGGGAGGAACUGUGAGCUGUGUAAGGAUUACUUUUUCCGACAAGUUGGUGCAGAUCCUUCAGCCAUAGAUGUUUGCAAACCCUGUGACUGCGAUAAAGUUGGCACUAAAAACAGUAGCUUCCUGUGUGAUCAGAUCGGAGGCCAGUGUAAUUGUAAGAGACAUGUGUCUGGCAGACAGUGCAAUCAGUGCCAGAACGGAUUCUACAACCUACAAGAGUGGGAUCCUGAUGGCUGCAUUCCGUGCAACUGUAAUGCCUCUGGGACAGUGGAUGGAGAUAUUACCUGUCACCCAAAUUCAGGCCAGUGCAAGUGCAAAGCAAAUGUUAUUGGGCUUAGAUGUGAUCAUUGCGAUUUUGGAUUUAAAUUUCUCCAAAGUGUUAAUGACGAUGGCUGUGAGCCCUGCCAGUGUAACCUCCACGGCUCAGUGAACAAACUCUGCAAUCCUCUUUCUGGGCAGUGUGAGUGCAAACAAGAAGUCAAAGGACUCCAGUGUGAUACCUGCAGAGAACACUUUUAUGGACUGGACACCACCGGUUGUAAGGCCUGUGACUGCAACGUAGCUGGGUCCCGGUCUGGGACCGUCUGUGAUGCUCGGACAGGACAGUGCAUCUGUAAUCCCAAUGUUGGAGGGAGACGAUGCAGUGAAUGUUUGGAGGGAUACUUCUACCUACAGCGAAACAACUCCUUCCUCUGUCUGCCUUGUAACUGUGAUAGGACUGGGACAGUAAAUGACUCUCUGCUGUGUGACAAAUCAACAGGACAGUGUCUCUGCAAAUUAGGAGUAACAGGUCUUCGCUGUGAUCAGUGUGAGCCUCACAGGUAUCAUCUGACGGUUGGCAAUUCUCAAGGCUGCCAGAUGUGUGAGUGUGACCCCUGGGGGACGUUACCUGGGACCAUUUGUGACCCAGUCAGUGGCCAGUGCCUAUGUUUGCCGCGUCGUCGAGGAAGAAGGUGUAAUCAGUGUCAACCAGGUUUUUAUAUUUCUCCAGGCAAUGCCACUGGCUGCCUGCCAUGUUCAUGCCACAAGACUGGUGCAGUUAAUCACAUCUGUAAUAGCUGGACUGGUCAGUGUGUUUGCCAAGAUGAUUCCAUUGCCGGGCAAAGUUGUGACCAUUGUAAAGACCUUUACUUUGGAUUUGAUCCUCUAGCUGGAAGAUGUCAGCCAUGCAGUUGUCAUCCCUCAGGAGCCUUGAAUGAAACCUGUCACUCAAUCACUGGCCAGUGUUUCUGUAAACGAUUUGUCACUGGCUCAAAAUGUGAUACUUGUGUUCCCAGUGCAAGCCAUUUGGAUAUCAACAAUCCAUUGGGCUGCAGCAAAACUCCAUCCCAGCAACCUCCACCCAGAGGAAAAGUUCAAAAUUCUUCUGCUAUCAGUGUUUCCUGGAGUCCACCUGAUUCUCCAAAUGCCCACUGGCUCACUUACAGUUUAUUCAGGGAUGGUUUUGAAAUCUACACAAUUGAAGAUCAAUACCCAUACAGUAUUCAGUACUUCUUAGACACUGCGCUGUCACCAUAUACCUCCUAUUCCUAUUACCUCAAGACCAGCAGCUUGAGUGGUUCAACAAGGAGUGCAGCUGUCACGUACAGGACAAAACCAGGGACCCCAGAGGGAAGCCUGAACUUAAGUUAUAUCAGUCCUAUUAGCUCAGACUCUGUGACACUUACCUGGGCUGUACCUUCAAAUCGUUCUGGUCCUAUCGAGAAAUAUAUUUUGUCCUGUGCUCCUCUAGAUGGCAUCCAGCCCUGUGUUCCCUAUGAAGGUCCUGAAACCACCGCUACCAUCUGGAAUCUGGUUCCAUUCACCAAAUACCGUUUUGCUGUACAGGCGUGUACUAGCGGGGGCUGUUUACACAGCACCCCUCUGACAGUGACCACAGCCCAGGCACCUCCCCGAAGGCUGGGUCCACCCAAGGUGCGGAAGAUCAGUUCCACAGAGCUUCACGUAGAAUGGGCUCCACCGAUGGAACCAAAUGGCAUAAUUAUAAGAUAUGAACUAUACAUGGAAAGACUGAGAUCUAAUGGAGAAACCAGGUCAGCAGAAAGUCGAGUUUUUCAGAGCAGUGGCUGGCUCGGUCCUUACCCACUUGCAGAAUCAGCCAGUGAAACUGCGUUAGAACCUCCCGAACCAACCACAAUCGUCACUGGCUUGGAGCCGUACACCAAGUACAAGUUUAGAGUCUUAGCUGUGAACAUGGCUGGGAGUGUGUCUUCUGCCUGGACCACAGGAAGAACGGGAGAAUCAGCGCCUGUAUUCAUGACCCCUCCUUCAGUCUCCGCCCUCUCACCAUACUCGCUCAAUGUGUCCUGGGAGAUGCCAGCAGAUAAUGUGACAAGAGGAAAAGUUGUGGGGUAUAACGUCAGUAUGGUUUCUGAACAAUCACCUCAACAAUCUAGUCCGGUGGUGUUUUCACAGGUGUUGUACACUGCUAAAUCCCAAGAACUGUCUUAUAUUGUAAAAGGACUACAACCUUAUAGGAUAUACAACUUUACUAUUUCUCUCUGCAAUUCAGUUGGUUGUAUAACCAGUGCUUCGGGAGGAGGACGGACUUUAGCAGCAGCACCAGCCCAACUGAGGCCACCUCUGGUUGAAGGAAUCAACAGUACAACCAUCCAUCUGAGGUGGCAGGCACCUGAAGAACAGAAUGGACCCUCUCCUACAUAUCAGCUGGAAAGGAGACAGGCAGCUCUACCAGCUCCAAGGGCCACAAUGAUGAAAGGAACUCGUUUCACAGGAAAUGGAUAUUAUAAAUUUCCCAGCUCCACUCACCCAUUCAAUACAGACUUUACCGGUAAUAUACCAAGAUUAUUAGAAUUUGGUGAAACAGUCCAAGGGUCUGCAGUAGAAGUUACCACAACUAAUGAUGAUGGUAAACAAUAUAGUGAUGGCAAAUGGCAUGAGAUAAUCGCGAUUAGGCAUCAGGAUUUCGGCCAAAUCACACUUGAUGGGCAAUAUACAGGCUCCUCGGCCACCCUGAAUGGUAGUACUGUUAUUGGAGAGAACACAGGAGUGUUUGUGGGAGGGCUGCCGCAGGGUUAUACCAUCCUCAGGAAGGAUUCUGACAUAAUCCGAAAGGGUUUUGUGGGCUGUCUCAAGGAUGUAUAUUUUAUGAAGAAUUAUAAUCCCUCUGCUGCUUGGGGGCGUCUGGUUUGGCAGAGUUCUGAAGAGCAAAUCAACGUGUAUAACAACUGGGAGGGAUGCCCCACUUCAUUACAAGAGGGAGCUCAGUUCCUAGGGACAGGGUUCCUGGAACUUUAUCCAUAUUUGUUUCAUGGUGGAAUGGACUUUGAAAUUUCCUUUAAGUUCAGAACUGACCAAUUGAAUGGAUUGCUUCUUUUCGUUUACAACAAAGAUGGACCUGAUUUUCUUGCUAUGGAACUGAAGAGUGGAAUAUUGAGCUUCCGGUUAAAUACUAGUCUUACCUUUACACAAGUGGAUCUCUGGCUGGGGCUGUCCUAUUGUGACGGAAGGUGGAAUAAAGUGAUCAUUAAAAAAAAAGGUUCCGUCCUAUCAACAAGCAUGAAUGAACUGAUGGAGCGCGUGUCAGAGUCCAGAGCUCAGCCACUGAUGGUGAAUUCCCCCGUCUAUGUGGGAGGAACCCCACAGGAGCUGCACGAGUCUUAUAAACACCUGAAGCUGGAACAAGGUUUCGGUGGUUGCAUGAAAGAUGUGCAGUUUGCACGGGGUGCUGUCGUUAACUUGGCAUCUGUGUCCAGCGGUGCUAUCAGAGUCAAUCUGGAUGGAUGCCUGUCAACUGACAGUGCCGUUAACUGCAGGGGAAAUGACUCCAUCCUGGUUUAUCGGGGAGAAGAGCAGAGCGUUUAUGAGAGUGGUCUCCAGCCUUUCACGGAAUACCUGUAUCGAGUCACAGCCUCCCACGAAGGAGGUUCAGUACCUAGCGACUGGAGUCGGGGCCGUACAACAGGAGCAGCUCCACAAAGUGUGCCAACUCCCUCAAGAGUCCGCAGCAUAAACGGCUAUAGCAUCGAGGUGACCUGGGAUGAACCUGUUGUGGUUAGAGGUGUAAUUGAGAAGUACAUUUUGAGAGCCUACAGUGAAGAUGCUGCCGGUCCGCCCCGCCUGCCCUCUGCCAGCUCUGAGCUUGUUGAUACCAGCACCUUCACAGGCAUAUUGACAGGCUUGCUACCCUUCAAAAACUAUGCAGUAACCCUAGCUGCUUGCACUUUGGCUGGCUGUACCGAGAGCUCGCACGCACUGAACGUCUCUACUCCACAAGAAGCACCACAAGAGGUUCAGCCACCAGUAGCCAAAUCCCUUCCCAAUUCUUUGUUACUCUCCUGGAAUCCACCCAAAAAGGCAAAUGGUAUUAUAACUCAGUACUCCUUAUAUAUGGAUGGGAUACUAAUCUAUUCAGGCAAUGGAGAGAACUACACAGUCACAGAUUUAGUGGCCUUUACGCCCCACCAGUUUCUACUCAGUGCUUGCACAUGUGUGGGAUGUACAAACAGUUCCGUGGUCAUACUGUACACGGCACAGCUGCCACCAGACCAUGUGGAUCCCCCAAUUCUGACCGUCCUGGAUUCUAGAACUAUAUCCGUACAGUGGAAACAACCAAGAAAAGUAAACGGAAUUCUAGAGCGCUAUGUACUAUAUAUUUCAAAUCACACGCAUGAUUUUACAAUUUGGGAUGUCAUCUAUAAUAGUACAGAACUUUUUCAGGAUCAUGUGCUGCAGUACCUUUUCCCUGGUAAUAAAUACUUCGUCAAGCUGGGAGCUUGCACCGGGGGUGGAUGCACGGUGAGUGAGGCCAGCCAGGCCCUGACUGAGGAGAGGGCCCCCGAAGGCGUGCCAGCCCCCAGAGUGCACCCGGAUUCACCUCACUCCUUUAACAUCUCCUGGACUGAGCCUGAAUAUCCAAAUGGUGUUAUCACAAGUUACGGACUAUAUCUAGAUGGUAUAUUAAUUCACAAUUCCUCAGAACUCAGCUGUCAUGCUUCUGGAUUUGCUCCUUGGAGCUUACAUUCCUUCAGAGUCCAAGCCUGCACGGCCAAAGGUUGUGCUCUGGGCCCACCGGUGGAAAAUCGAACUCUAGAAGCUCCUCCUGAAGGAACAGUAAAUGUGUCUGUCAAAACAGAAGGAUCCCAAAAGGCCCAUGUGAGAUGGGAAGCACCUUUUCACCCUAAUGGACAAUUAACGUACUCAGUCCUUUUUACUGGCGCUUUCUAUGCUGACCAAGCAGACGACAACUACACUCUUCUGAAUGGCACACAAGUCAUGUACAGUGGUGAAGAGACCAGCCUUUCGGUGCUCAUCGAUGGGUUGGUUCCUUUUACUAACUAUACAGUACAAGUGAAUGUUUCAAAUAGCCAAGGCAGCUUGAUAAGUGAUCCCGUAAUGAUUUCAAUGCCGCCAGGGGCUCCAGAUGGCGUGCUGCCUCCGAGGCUUUCAUCUGCCACUCCAACCAGUCUUCAGGUUGUCUGGUCUACACCAGCUCGGAACAACGCCCCCGGCUCUCCCAGAUACCAACUCCAGAUGAGGCCCGGCAACUCCACCCACUGGUUUCUAGAGUUGUUUUCCGGUCCUUCUGCAUCGUUAAGCUAUGAAGCGAGAGAUCUCCAACCGUACACAGAGUACGAAUUUCGGUUGGUGGUCUCCAAUGGAUUUGGCAGUGCACAUAGUUCUUGGAUUCUGUUCAUCACCGCAGAGGACAAACCUGGACCUAUAGACCCUCCGAUUCUUCGGGAUGUGAAGUCAAGAAUGAUGUUGGUCACCUGGCAGCAUCCUUUAAAGCACAAUGGGAUCAUUACCCAUUAUAACAUUCACCAACAUGGCCGUCUCUGCUUAAAAACUUCUGGAAAUGUCACUAAUGGCACAGUGGUCCAUUUGCACCCAUAUACAGCCUACACAUUUCAAGUAGAAGCUUGUACUUCAAAAGGGUGUUCCCUGUCACCAGAGUCUCAGACUGUAUGGACACUCCCAGACGCACCAGAAGGUAUCCCGAGACCAGAGUUGUUCUCCGAUACCCCAACGUCCGUGAUUAUAUCUUGGCAACCCCCCACCCAUCCCAACGGCUUGGUGGAGAACUUCACAAUCGAGAGAAGAGUCGAAGGGAAGGAAGAAGCUACUACCCUGGUGACUUUCCCGAGAGGUCAUCCCAUGAGGUUUAUCGACAAGACUUCUGCUCUUAGCCCAUGGACAAAAUAUGAGUAUCGGGUCCUGGUGAGCACUCUUGGAGGAGGUACAAACAGCAGCGCUUGGGCAGAAGUGACCACGAGACCCUCACGACCUGCUGGGGUGCAGCCCCCCGUGGUGGAUGUGCUAGGACCCGACGCAGCCAAGGUCACUUGGAGAGCCCCACUUAUCCUGAAUGGAGACAUCCUUACCUACGAGAUCCGCAUGCCUGACCCUCACAUCACGAUCACCAACGUUACUUCCUCUGUGUUCAGUCACGUCGUUACUCAUCUGAUUCCUUUCACUAAUUAUUCUGUUACCAUUGUGGCUUGCUCAGGGGGUAAUGGGCAUCUAGGGGGGUGCACAGAGAGUUUCCCUACCCAUGUGACCACGCAUCCCACCCUGCCUCAGGGUCUUAGCCCGUUGUCCGUGGUCCCACUGAGUGAAUCGUAUGUUGGCAUUUCUUGGCAGCCACCAACCAGGCCAAACGGACCCAAUUUGAGAUAUGAGCUUCUGAGAUGUAAAAUCCAGCAACCACUUGCAUCAAAUCCCCCAGAAGAUUUAAAUCUGUGCCACAAUAUUUAUUCAGGAACUCAGUGGUUUUAUGAAGAUAAGGGUCUUAGCAGGUUUACAACGUAUGCGUAUAAGGUCUUUGUACACAACAGUGUGGGUUUUACACCAAGUCAAGAAGCAACUGUGACCACGUUAGCCGGGCUUCCGGAGAGAGGAGCUAACCUCACUGCGAUUGUUCUCAACCACACGGCCAUAGACGUGAGAUGGGCUAAACCAACUUUUCAAGACCUACAAGGUGAUGUUGAAUAUUAUACACUUUUUUGGAGUUCUGCUACCGCCAAUGAAUCUCGAAAACUCCUCCCAGAUGUAAACUCUCAUGUCAUUGGCCACUUAAAUCCAAACACAGAGUAUCGGAUUUUUAUCUCUGUUUUCAACGGAGUCGCCAGCAUUAACAGUGAAGUGCUGCAUGCAACCACUUGCGACGGCGAGCCUCAGGGCAUGCUUCCUCCAGAGGUUGUCAUCAUCAACAGUACAGCUGUACGUGUCAUCUGGACAGCUCCUUCAAACCCAAAUGGUGUUGUCACUGAAUAUUCUGUCUAUGUAAAUAAUCAGCUCUACAAGACUGGAAUAAAUGUGCCUGGGUCUUUCAUUCUGAGAGACCUGUCUCCCUUAAUGAUCUAUGACAUUCAGGUUGAAGCCUGCACAAAAUAUGCCUGUGUGAAAAGCAAUGGAACCCAAAUCACCACCAUGGAAGAUAGUCCAAGUGAUAUACCAGCUCCCACAAUUCAUGGCAUCACUUCAAGAUCCCUUCAGAUUGAUUGGAUGUCUCCAGGGAAGCCAAAUGGCAUCAUUCUGGGUUAUGAUCUCUUACGGAAAACAUGGCGUUCAUGCCUUAAAACCCAGAAGUCAGUGAAGGACCACAGUCAUGAACUCUGCAGAGCAGUGAAGUGUCAAAAACCUGAAACUAUCUGUGGACCCAGGUGCUACUCCCCUGAGGCUAAGGUGUGUUGUAAUGGAGUUCUCUACGACACCCAGCCUGGACACCGCUGUUGUGAAGAGAAGUACAUCGCAUUUGUUUUGAACUCAACUGGAGUUUGUUGUGGUGGCCGAAUACAAGAGGGACAACCGAAUCAUCAGUGCUGCUCAGGGUAUUACGUUAGGAUUCUACCAGGUGAAGUAUGCUGUCCAGAUGAACAGCACAAUCGGGUUUCCACUGGCCUCGGCGACUCCUGCUGUGGCAGACUGCCAUACUCCACCUCCGGAAACCAGAUUUGCUGUGCUGGGAGGCUCCAUGAUGGCCAUGACCAGCAGUGCUGUGGUGGACAGAUUGUGAGCAAAGAUUUCGAGUGCUGUGGGGGAGAGGAACAGGGUGUGGUGUACAGUCGCCUUCCAGGGAUGUUCUGCUGUGGGCAGGAUUAUAUGAAUAUGUCAGAUACCACAUGCUGCUCUGCUUCCAGUGGAGAAUCUAAAGCACAUGUUAAAAAGAAUGACCCAGUGCCAGUAAAAUGCUGUGAGACUGAACUUAUUCCAAAGAGCCAGAAAUGCUGUAAUGGAGUUGGAUAUAAUCCUUUGAAAUAUGUUUGCUCUGACAAGAUUUCAACUGGAAUGAUGAUGAAGGAAACCAAAGUCUGCGGGACCGUCUGCCCGGCGUCUAUGGAAGCCACAGCGCACUGCGGCAGGUGUGACUUCAACUUUACCAGUCACGUUUGUACUGUGAUAAGAGGAUCUCACAAUUCCAUCGGGAAGGAAUCAGUCGAAGAAAUGUGCUCAUCUGCUGAAGAGCCUGUUCAUAUGGGAAGUGUAAACACACUCUCCUUCACAGAUGUGAACCUGGAGCCCUACAUGACAUACGAGUAUAGGAUUUCUGCGUGGAAUAGCUAUGGGCGAGGAUUCAGCAAGGCUGUUAGGGCCACAACAAAAGAAGAUGUGCCUGAGGGAGUGAGCCCCCCCAGGUGGACCAAAAUGGAUCAUCUUGAUGAUGUAAUAGUCCUCAACUGGAAGAAGCCUAUACAAUCAAAUGGUCCUAUUAUUUACUACAUUCUUCUCCGAGAUGGAAUUGAACGUUUUCGAGGAACAUCGUUGAGCUUCUCUGAUACGAAAGGAAUUCAACCUUUUAUGGAAUAUUCAUACCAGCUGAAAGCUUGCACGGUUGCUGGCUGUGCCACCAGCAGCAAGGUCGUUGCAGCUACAACCCAAGGAGUUCCGCAGAGCAUCCCUCCGCCAAGAAUCGUGGCCCCCAGUGCGGAGACUCUGCAUGUGAGCUGGGAUGUCCCUCCUAAGCCAAACGGUGUCAUUAAAGAGUACCAGCUCUGGCAGGUUGGGAAAGGUCUCAUCUACACUGACACCGCUGACAGGAGGCAGCAUACGGUCACAGGUCUGCAGCCAUACACCAACUACAGCUUCACACUUAGAGCUUGUACAUCUGCUGGAUGCACUUCAAGUGAGCCUUUUCUAGGUCAGACUCUGCAGGCAGCCCCUCAAGGAGUUUGGGUGACACCUCGACACAUUAUCAUCAAUUCUACAACAGUGGAAUUAUAUUGGAGUCUGCCGGAAAAGCCCAAUGGCCUCAUUUCUCAAUAUCAAUUGAGUCGUAAUGGAAGCUUGGUUUUCCUGGGGGGCAGUGAGGAGCAGAACUUCACUGAUAAAAACCUGGAGCCCAACAGCAGGUACAUUUAUAAGCUGGAAGCCACUACUGAAGGUGGCAGCAGUCCCAGUAAUGAGUACAUUAUACAGACACCUAUAUUAACACCAGAAGAAAUCCCACCUCCAUAUAACAUCACAGUAAUUGGGCCUGAUUCCAUAUAUGUAGCUUGGACCCCACCAGGGAUCCUCACCCCCAAAAUACCUGUGGAGUACAAUGUCUUACUCAACGCUGGAAGUGUAGCACCUCUGAUCUUCUCUGCUGGUCAUCAUCAGUCCAUCCUUCUGGAAAAUUUGACUCCAUCCACACAGUAUGAGACAAGGAUACAAGCAUGUCAAAAUGGAGGUUGUGGAGUUAGCAGUAGGAUAUUUGUCAAAACAGCUGAAGGAGCCCCCAUGGAUCUAAAUUCUCCUGUUCUUAAGGCACUGGGAUCAGCUUGCAUAAUGGUUAAAUGGACGCCACCUAAAAAACCAAAUGGAGUCAUCAUCAACUACUUUAUUCACAGACGUCCUGCUGGCCUUGAAGAGGAAUCCCUUUUGUUUGUCUGGUCAGAAGGAGCCCUUGAAUUUAUUGACAAUGCAGAUACUUUGAGACCUUUCACGCUCUAUGAAUAUCGGGUCAGAGCCCGUAACUCCAGGGGCACUGUGGAGAGUCUGUGGUCAUCAGCACGGACUCUAGAAGCCCCACCUCAAGAUCUGCCAGCGCCCUGGGCUCAAGCCACUGGUGCUCAUUCAGUUCUACUGAACUGGACGAAGCCAGAAUCUCCCAAUGGCAUUAUCUCCCAGUACCGUGUGGUCUACCAAGAGAGAACCGAUGACCCGACGUUGAACUUCUCUGUUGUGCACGCUUUCACCGUGACGGGGACGAGCCAUCAAGCCCACCUGUUCGGCUUAGAACCCUUCACCGCAUAUCACAUUAGUGUUGUGGCCACAAACCGGGCGGGAGAAGUUUCAAGCCCCUGGACUCUAGUUCGAACCCUAGAAUCUUCCCCCAGUGGACUGAGCUACUUUACGGUGGAGCAGAAGGAGAACGGCCGGGCAUUGCUACUGCGGUGGUCAGAGCCUGUAAGAACCAAUGGUGUGAUUAAGACGUACAAAGUCUUCAGUGAUGGUGUCUUGGAGUACGCCGGCCUGAAUCGUCAAUUUCUCUUCCGACGCCUGGACCCCUUCACGCUCUACACGCUGACGCUGGAGGCCUGCACCAGGGCGGGCUGUGCACACUCGGCACCCCAGCCUCUGUGGACAGAAGAAGCCGCACCCCAGUCUCAGCUGGCUCCCACCAUCCAGUCUGUGGGGUCCACCAGCGUUGAGCUGAGCUGGUCAGAGCCCGUUAACCCAAACGGAAAGAUAAUUCGCUAUGAAGUGAUUCGCAGAUGCUUCGAGGGAAUAGCUUGGGGGAAUCAGACAAUCCAGGACGAUGAGAAAAUUGUUUUCACAGAAUAUGAUACUGAAAGGAAUACAUUUAUGUAUAAUGACACAGGUCUGCGGCCAUGGAUGCAGUGUGAAUAUAAAAUCCACACUUGGAAUUCAGCAGGCCAUACCUGCAGCUCUUGGAGUGUGGUAAGGACCAGGCAAGCACUUCCAGAAGGCCUCUCUCCACCUGAGAUAGCCCAGGUGUCUGUGAAUCCCCCCAAACUGAUGAUUUCCUGGAUCCCACCAGCACAGCCUAAUGGCAUUAUCCAGUCCUAUAGGCUUCAAAGGAACGGGGUGCUCUAUCCUUUCAGCUUCGAUGCUGAGACUUUCAAUUAUACGGAUGAAGCGCUGCUUCCUUUUUCCACGUACAGGUAUGUAGUCACAGCCUGCACCAGUGAGGGCUGUUCCACUAGCACACCUACCAGCAUCACAACCCUUGAGGCUGCCCCUGCAGGGGUCAGCCCUCCAGCUCUUUGGACCAUCAGUGCCACUCAAAUAAAUGCAUCUUGGUCACCGCCAUCAAUUCAAAAUGGAGAGAUCACUCAGUAUUUACUCAGAUUGGAUGGUAAGGAGUACCUUGCUGGGCAGAACCUGUCCCUGUUGGUUUCCCACCUGCAGCCUUCCACGCAGUAUAAUCUCUCCCUAGUGGCCUGCACCAAUGGCGGUUGCACAGCUAGUGUGGCAGAGUCUGCCUGGACAAUGGAGGCCCCGCCACAAAACAUGGACCCUCCAAAACUACAAGUCACGGGCUCAGAAUCCAUAGAAAUCACCUGGAAACCGCCAGGAACCCCAAAUGGCCAGAUCAGAAGCUAUGAACUUAGGAGGGACGGAACCAUUGUCUAUACCGGCCUGGAAACUCGCUAUCAUGAUUUUACUCUCGCCCCAGGUGUGGAGUAUGGCUACACAGUGAUGGCCAACAACAGCCAAGGGGGUGUUCUGAGUCCACUUGUCAAAGAUCGAACCAGCCCCUCAGCGCCUUCAGGGAUGGAGCCUCCAAAAUUGCUGGCCAAGGGCCCUCAGGACAUCUUAGUGAGCUGGGACCCUCCAGUAAGGACAAACGGUCAUAUCGUCAACUACACCCUCUUCAUCCGUGAGCUGUUUGAAAGAGAAACAAAAAUCGUACACGUAAACACAACUCAUAAUUCUUUUGGUACACGGUCAUUCAUAGUAAACCAGCUGAAGCCGUUUCACAGGUAUGAAGUUCGAAUUCAAGCCUGCACCAGGCUGGGAUGUGCAUCAGGUGACUGGACAUCCAUACAGACCCCUGAGGUUGCACCUCGGAUGCAACCGCCUCCACAUCUAGAGGUCCAGACGGCUCCAGGGGGAUUCCAGCCCAUGGUUUCCCUUCUGUGGACAGGACCACUGCAGCCAAAUGGACAGGUUUUAUAUUAUGAAUUGUACAGAAGACAAAUAGCAGCUGAGCCUGGAAAAUCAAACCCAGUGCUAACCUAUAAUGGAAGCUCAAGCUCUUUUAUGGACAUGGAACUACUGCCUUUCACAGAGUAUGAAUACCAGGUCUGGGCCGUGAAUUCAGCAGGAAAAGCCUCCAGUAGCUGGACGCGGUGUAGAACUGGACCCGCCCCCCCGGAAGGUCUCAGGGCCCCCAAGUUCCAUGCCGUCUCUGCCACCCAAGCAGUGGUCAACAUCAGCGCCCCGCAGAAGCCCAACGGGAUUGUCAGUCUCUACAGAUUGUUCUCCAACGAUACCAGCGGGGCCCAGACGGUGCUGGCUGAAGGCCUGGCCACCCAGCAGACGCUUCAUGGCCUGCAGCCCUUCACGACCUACUCCAUUGGGGUGGAGGCCUGUACCUGCUUCAAUUGUUGCAGCCAAGGGCCAACAGCAGAGCUGAGAACUCCUUCUGCUCCGCCAUCAGGACUGUCCUGUCCCCAGAUCCAGACACUGGCCUCGAGGACAGCCUCCUUCCAGUGGAGUCCCCCGCUGUUCCCCAACGGCGUCAUUCAAAGCUAUGAGCUCCAGCUCUACAUGGCCUGCCCCCCGGAUUCAGCCACCCCCUGUACUCCUAGCCAAACCGAGACAAAGUACGCUGGGCCAGGGCUGAGAGCCAGCCUCGGGGGUCUCCAGCCCUACACCACCUACAAGCUGAGGGUGGUGGCCCACAAUGAUUUGGGCAGCACGGCCUCUGACUGGAUCAGCUUCAUCACCCAAAAAGAAUUGCCCCAGUACCGUGCCCCUUUCUCGGUGGACAGCAAUCUAUCCGUGGUAUGUGUGGACUGGAGUGGCUCCUUCCUGCUGAACGGGCGGCUGAAGGAGUUCGUCUUGACCGACGGAGGGCAGCGCGUGUACAGCGGCCUCGACACCACCCUCUACAUCCCAAAGACCGCGGACAGAACUUUCUUUUUCCAGGUCAUCUGCACUACAGAUGAAGGAAGUGUUAAGACACCUUUGAUUCAAUAUGAUACCAGCACUGGAUUUGGCCUGGUGCUGACAACUCCUGGAGAAAAGAAAGGAUCAGGGAACAAAAGCACGGAGUUCUACAGCGAGUUAUGGUUCAUAGUGUUAAUGGCAAUUCUGGGCUUGAUCUUGUUGGCCAUUUUUCUGUCCCUGAUACUACAGAGAAAAAUCCUCAAGGAACCAUAUAUAAGAGAGAGGCCUCCUUUAGUGCCUCUUCCAAAGCGGAUGUCUCCAUUGAAUGUAUACCCACCGGGGGAAACCCAUAUGGGCUUAGCUGAUACCAAAAUCCCCCGGUCUGGGACACCUGUGAGUAUUAGGAGCAACCGGAGCCUGUCUGUACUGCGCAUCCCAAGUCAGAGCCAAGUUAGCCAGACCUAUUCCCAAGGCGCUCUCCACCGCAGUGUCAGUCAGCUCAUAGACAUUCAAGACAAGAAGGUCUUGAUUGACGACUCGCUGUGGGAAACCAUCAUGGGCCAUGAUAGCGGACUGUAUGUGGAUGAAGAGGACCUGAUGAAUGCCAUCAAGGGUUUCAGCUCUAUGACUAAGGAACACACCACAUUCACCGACACCCACCUGUAAAGGAUGGAAACCUGUAAGAUAUAAAGCUGGAUGAGGGCUCCACACCCCAUCCCCACUGGGUUAUCACACAUCAUAAAUGCUAAAAAGCCAUUGCUUGUUAUCCUAUAAUCCUUGAAAGAAAUAAGGAGUGUUUUUGAAAUUGUUCCUAAUAGAGGUCUAAGAACUAUUAUUUUUCUGGCUGUCUGAAAUGUGGGGUUUCUGAAAUUUUAUGUCCGUAUGAAAAUACUUAUUUUGCUCUCCUUAUUUUAUGGAAGCUAAAUAAGCAUAUAACUUUUACUUGGCUCAUCUGGCAGUGACGCCAUUGUUUAAAUGAAUAAUCAGUGGCAAUUUCGAGUUGGCCCACAGUUGCUACCGGUAAAUGAAGUUACUAAUUUAAAAACUAAGGAUCCUUCUGAGGGGAUGUCAUUGCUGCUUCUUUGAGCAGCACAGCACUGCUUCUGCUUUCAUUCCCCUAUUUCCAUGAAAGUUGACAUGAUCCUGUGAGGAACAGUUCUAAUAAUAGCUGCAAAAUCAAGUCCCAAUUUCAGAUCAAGCUGAAACACGUAAGAGAAGAACAAACUCUGCAUUGAGGCUACACGUUUGGCUGUAGGUUCUAUUUGAUUACAAUGUUUAGGGAUAAAUAUUUACCAAACCACAUAAACUUGUAAAUCAAUGUCCGUUCUUACAUUUAUGAAUCUUUUAAAAAACUAAGGAAUUAAACAGCUAAUUUAUAGAUUUCAAGGAGAAAAAUGAAGGGGUUUGAUAGAUAUUUUACAUAGUUUUGAAACUCCAAUCAGUACUUUACAUAAAAUUCUCUCAAUUCACUGAAUACCCAGGAAUAUUGAUAUCUUCAACUUGGCACAUUUCACAUGGAAACUACUGUUAUAUUUGCAUUUUUUAACUAGCCUACGUGAAAUUAAAAAAGGAAAAAUUUUGUGUUCCUUCCAGCCUUGAAAUUAUAAAAUUAACAUUUAUAUGUAAAUGCAGGAUUACAUAUAUGAAUAUAUAUCAUAUAUCUGUACUAUAUCCCUUCAUUUCAGAGAACUGCUAGAAUCACUAAGCGCAGAUGAUAUUUAACAGUACCAAUUUCCAUGGGUCAAAAGUUUUUGCUGUUUACUCUAUUUGGAUUAUAAAGCUGUUGGUGAGUCCUACAUCAAGAAGCAUUUUUUUCCCCAAGUCAACAUAAAAUGAAACGUAUUUAAGUUUGUGCUUUGCGGAAAACGAUGGACAAAAACCCCUUCUUCAUUCCUAAAGGUCUUAAUGACUCCAGGAAGUUAUUUUGAAUAUGUAUGUCUAAAACACAACUGUCGGACAUAUUUUGUGAAUUACAUUCAGAAAUAGGUGGAUUUCCCCAAAGCUGAGAUGGCAAAAACUUGUAAAACAAGGAAUAACCUUACUUAGUCUGCCUGAAAAUGAUGAAUUACCCUAAAUGUCCAACAGUCAAAGAUCAUGAACUUUGGGGGUACUGAGACUAUCCACAUCUGCAGAAGAGCAGCUCCUCAGAAUGACCAACUCCUGGACAAGCCUUGCCAACCUUAAGUGUCAACAGCACAGACCAGUAUUAAGCAGAAGUUCUGCCCCCUUGUUAGAAAUGCGACAAGCAAACGAAUCUGAAAUAAUUGUGCACAUUUGGCAGUGGAUGUUCAAAUUAUAUUUUUUCCUCGCCAAAAGUUUUAUACUUUCUGAAAUGGAAACAGGAUUGGCUAAUUUCGUUUACAGGUUUUAAUUCCCACUUGCUGAUUCAGUCUUAGCUAUUUAGAGCUGGCACAGAUGAGCCUUGACCAACCAAGGCUGAGUUUCUGAUGCAUGUGAGCUACUUAAGGUAUAUACAGAAAAGUGUUCCUUCCCAGUCCUGUGCUUGCAUCCUUAUCCUUGGUCUACUCCUCUGCAAAUAUGAUUGGCUAGUCAUGGGUGGAUUCAGGAGAAUGAGCACAUCCUCACUGUUGAAAAAUUAACUAGACACUAUUAUCACAUUCUAAAGCUUCAAAGGAACAUAAAAAGAAAAUUGCAGGGGGUUUUAUCUUAAGUUUUUCUCUACUUAAUCACCUGUUUAGACAUCUGGUUAUCACAUGAAUUCGUUUAGCUGAAUCAUUUACAUUUUGAUCCCAUGGCUCAGAGUGGACAGAAGCCUGCACAGCUUCCACCCACAACACCACCCUUGUAACACUCUGAACUCUACUUGUAUUUACUUCAGAGAAGCCCAAGAUGUUGUCUUGCUACUUUAAGUGGUAAUGUGUGCCAAGCCCCUGUUCAACAGUUGGACUCACCCCUGGAGAUUCUGAUUCAAUUGGUCUCGGGUGGUGCUGAGGCAUCAGUACCUUUAAAAGCUUCCAGAUAUUCCUAAUGUUGAGAACCAGUUAUGUAAAGAACCUGGAAAAAUACAUGCUGUGCACAGGGACUCCAGUACUGGCCCACUUCUCCUUUACAGAGACUACAACAGGUGGCUCUCUCUAAAUCUGACUCAUGUCCCCUCACUUGAAGAGGCCACAUACUCAGCUUAAAUUUUAAGAACUGCUUUGUUAUGCCUGAUAUUAACUGUUUGAUAAGAGUACACACCUAUGCUUUUAUAAGCUCUACCAAGAAUUGUAUUUAUAGAUGACCUAUUGCCAUUUCUACUAAAUGGAAAACCUAAAUAUGAAUCUGUUAUGGUACCUUAUGCUGAUCUAAAAACCAUGUUGGCAUCAAUAUAAUUCAAUCUGAACAACCUGUAAAUAAAACAUAGGCCAGGUGGAAUAAUUCAGUGAGAAGGAAUUAAUUAUGUCACACAUGAAUAGUUUAUUUCCAAUGCACAAAUAUCAUGUAAAUUAAUCUAAAGAUGGUUUGCUUAAUAAAUAUUUAAAUGUGAGCCGUCUGAUUUAAUAUAUUUAUGAAAAAAUACUAACAGCUCUGAAUUGUAUUUACAGUUUACACAUAAAUGAUAAAGGUGAGCCCAUUUAAGAAAAGAGGAUGUUCUGAAUAAUCUCUCAACCACUGAUGAAUUAGAUGAACGUCAGAAUCAACUCUUAACACUUUUUUUCAAAACAUGAGUCCCGACCACCAGAGAUUCAUAUUUAGCAGGUAACCUCAGGUGACUCUGAUAUAGAAGCCUGGAUGAGAAAGCCAGGAAAAGACCAUAGGCUACUGAAACAGAUGUGGGUUCACAAGAUGGCUCAGGAGCUAAGGAGCCUUAUGGUGAAAUUAUUUAUCCUCAGUGGGUCUUGGUGAUCUCAUUUUGAAUGAGGAUAACAAUACUUAUCCUAGUGAUAUGAAAAUACUUGAGUGUUGUUUUGAAGUAAUUUCAGAAUUCCUGGAAAAACUUUUCAUCAUGAGAAUUAUAAUUCCGUUGUUUUUCAUCAAUCACACGAAGUAUAUACAUAUUUCAUUUUUUUCUCAAUGUAUUUGUUUUUUGAAGUUUUUCCUUGUAGUUGAUUUCUAAUCUCAUAGUGUUGUCAGAAAAGAUACUUAUGAUUUCAAUUUUCUUAAAUUUACCGAGGCUUGCUUUGUGGCCCAGCAUGUGA